AUGUCCAGCCAGAAUAUCAUCAUCCCCGCCAGCUAUGUCACGGAGGCAUCCAGUGAGAUUCUCAUCACGAACCACCCUCCCUCUAGCGCUGAAGUCACACCGAUCCAAAUUGUGACCCUAAACCGGCCGAAAAAGCUCAAUGCCAUUACUGGAACAAUGAUUGAGACACUUAUCAACUUCUUCAGGACGGUGCAUCUAGAUGAUCGCGUCAAGGUCGUCAUCCUGACAGGAGCCGGCGACAAGGCCUUCAGCGCCGGCAUCGAUCUUAGCAUGGACACGAGCAAGCUGAAGAACACAGUCCCUUCCAAACUGAUGAGAGACCCAGGUGGCACGCUUGCGCUUUCCAUGCUCGACUGCAGCAAGCCAGUCAUCGUCGCCUACAACGGUUUAUCUGUUGGCAUCGGCAUGACAUCGACCCUCGCGGGCACUAUCCGGAUUGCCCCGCGAACUGCCCAAUUCGGCUUCCCAUUUGCUCGUAUCGGUCUCACGAUGGAAUCCUGCAGCUCCUUCUUCCUCCCUCGAAUGGUCGGCUACAGCAACGCGACAUAUCUGCUGGCGACGGGUAAAAGGUAUCCCGCCGAUGCGUCGGUGCUGCAGGGCAUCUUUGCAGAGAUUGUGCCAGAGUCAAGGGAUGUCUUGCCGCGCGCUAUAGAACUGGCGACCGACAUGUUGACCAACGUCAGCUUGAUGGCUGUUCAUCUCAAUCGCCAGCUCAUUUGGCGGAAUCCUGGUUCUGCAGAGCACGCACAUCUCGUCGAUAGCCCCCUCUUAUACGACAUGUUUGGUGGAGAGGACCACCUCGAGUUCAAAAACGCUUUUUUCGGGAAGCGAGCGCCUAGCUUUCACGCCCAAGUGUCUACUGAUGCCCCGCGCACAUAUCCUUGGUGGGAUGCAGUAUCUGUCGAAGUCCCAGCAACCGCGGAGAAGCCUGCGAAGAGCAAAAUUUGA